AUGGCAACUACGGCGACGCCGGCCGGCGGCUCCCGAAAUGGGACUGGCCCGGAAUGGGGAGGGUUCGAAGAAAACAUCCAGGGUGGGGGCUCAGCCGUGAUUGACAUGGAGAACAUGGACGAUACCUCAGGCUCCAGCUUCGAGGACAUGGGCGAGCUGCACCAACGCCUGCGUGAGGAAGAAGUAGACGCUGAUGCAGCCGCUGCUGAAGAGGAGGAUGGGGAAUUCCUGGGCAUGAAGGGCUUUAAGGGACAGCUGAGCCGGCAGGUGGCUGACCAGAUGUGGCAGGCAGGGAAGAGGCAAGCCUCGAGGGCCUUCAGCUUGUAUGCCAACAUCGACAUCCUGAGACCCUACUUUGAUGUGGAGCCUGCCCAGGUGCGAAGCAGGCUCCUGGAGUCCAUGAUCCCCAUCAAGAUGGUCAACUUCCCCCAGAAAAUCGCUGGUGAGCUCUAUGGCCCUCUCAUGCUGGUCUUCACGCUGGUUGCCAUUCUCCUCCACGGGAUGAAGACGUCUGACACCAUUAUCCGGGAGGGCACCCUGAUGGGCACAGCCAUUGGCACCUGCUUUGGCUAUUGGCUGGGUGUCUCGUCCUUCAUCUACUUCCUCGCCUACCUGUGCAACGCCCAGAUCACCAUGCUCCAGAUGCUGGCACUGCUGGGCUACGGCCUCUUCGGGCACUGCAUUGUCCUGCUCGUCACCUACAACAUCCACCUGCAUGCCCUCUUCUACCUCUUCUGGCUGCUGGUGGGCGGGCUGUCCACCCUGCGUAUGGUGGCAGUGCUGGUGUCACGGACUGUGGGCCCCACACAGCGGCUGCUCCUCUGUGGCACCCUCGCUGCCCUACACAUGCUCUUCCUGCUCUAUCUGCACUUUGCCUACCACAAGGUGGUAGAGGGGAUCCUGGACACACUGGAGGGCCCCAACAUCCCACCCAUGCAGAGGGUCCCCAGAGACAUCCCCGCUGUGCUCCCUGAUGUGAGGCCUCCAGCCAGAAUGCUCAACACUACAGUCAAGGCCGUCGAGGUGAUCCUGCAAUCACACUGA